AUGGCGCUGUCGAGAAAACGUCCUCAUCUUAACCUGCAUAUUCAGGUGCCGGAACCAGUAGAAAUCCCGCAAUGCAUCCCUAUUAAUCCAUUGCUUCUGCCAAGGCAAGAAGUUGAAUGCGUGUCUGAUCUUGAGAAACUACAGAUUCUUGGCUCUGGCAAUGGUGGGACUGUCUAUCGAGUUCGUCACAAGCAGUCUUCUAAGGUUUACGCCUUGAAGGUUAUCCGUGGUGGUGCCACUGAUCAAGUACGUCAAGAAAUUGAAAUUCUCCGCCGUAUGGAUUCUCCUAAUACUGUGCGAUGCCAUGCAAUCUUCAAGGAGGCCUUGCGAAGAAAGUGG